GUAUCGCAUUCCUGUAGAAUUGUUGUAAAUUUCCCCGUCCAUGUUGAUCAAAAAAUAACAAGAUAUCAAGCAACUCGUUCGUAUUGCAUUAUUUAUGGAGACUUCAAAAUAAUUUGCAUACAAAAUUUAGAUAUAAUUAAGGUUUUUUAAGCGAACUAUUCAGUCAAACAAGAUUUAGUUCGCUGCCAAUGAAACUUUUACUACGCAAGAGAGGGUGGGAGACAGCGAGAGUGGGCCCCUCCCUCCUCUCUUUGUUCUCAACUAGUUUUCUUAAAUAAGUGAAGCUAUUCAGCCAUUGUUGGACCGAACCCCACAAUGGCUGCAUAUACAAAUGCGGGCAAUUUGGCAUUGCGAAACAGAGGGUUCGGGGGGGGAAACAUGCCAGGGUUAAACUUCAAAGAGAGAACUACAUGUACUAGGGUUUCCACUCAAUUUUGUUUUUUUUGUUUUUUUGUUUUUUAAAACCAAUUAUUUUGAUCACCGAAAACAAAACCCACAAAAUUCAUUUGGAAAAUUUUCAACUGUAUAAAAGCAUCAGAGCAGAGAAGAGCGAUAUAAUAAGAAAGGAAAAAAAAAAAGCGAGAAAAUCAUAAGGAUAAAGGCAUCGAGAAGAUUUCUCAGAACUUGCUUAUCAAAGAACAAAACAGAAAAAGAAAUAAAAAAUAAAAAAAAAAUCUUUACAAUGCUGAGUGGCAGGGAGGUGGACUGCAUCGCCGACUCCCAGCACUCCCCGCUUCCCUUCGGCGCUUUGCUUCGAAACCCGACGGGGCCAGCCGUCGAGACCACCGGAGUCAGAGUGGGGGGGGGGAGGGGGGCCUGCCCUUCCUCGUCUCGUCGCUUUCUACGGUCCGUUCCGAUUCUGCCCCCCAGGAUAGCCUACAAUAACCAGAUGGCCCUCUGGCUCCACGUCAUCCUUCAUUGUGGCGCUGCUUUGUGGGGCCCACGUUUGACUUGGCGCGUAGCUUAUUCGCGGAUGGACAGCUGAUCGGGCCCCCUGACCCUCUCCUCCUCCUGCAUGCACAGCUGCGGACGCAGAGCCUCAGACGAGGAACAAGUGUAGUUUACUCGCCACGCGUAGCCGCAUGAACUACGACACGUCGAUCGCAUGCCACGCUACAAUGGGGAGUCCUCUCAACGAACCCCAUCUAAAAACACCCUUCCCCGGGGAGUGUAAAAAAAAAAAAAAAGAAAGAAAAAAGGUGCACGUACGCCGCGAAGGUGAGUGGCCUGGGGAAGACGCAAUGAGGAAGCACCUAUCCGCCAUUGCCAACGACGUGCUUCAAAGAUGCGCUCAGACCCUGGAUGCUUCUGUAGAUGCCCUGGCGGCGGAGUUUGAGAUGAGCUUUAAGCCCGGUGUAGACAACUACUCGCGAAGACUAGUGGAGUUCUGCAGCCUUAAAGCACUUGAGAUUCUAUCUUCUGACCUUGGGGAGAAGAUCACUGAUGGUUCUUUUAGCCGAUUCACUUAUGAUAUGAUGCUGGCUUGGGAGAGGCCCGGUGCACCCUUAACUGAUGAAGAGCCUCAUUCGGAGAGCAUUGCAAAGGAGAAAGAAGAUACGAAAGAACCUCUGCAAGUAAACGAAGGAGAUAUGGAAGACGAUAUUUCCCUCUUUUAUUCGGAUAUCAUGCCUCUCCUUGUCAACGAAGAGCCAAGCAUCGGAGAAGAUGCAUAUUUAUGGUUUGGGUCGAUACUUCCGUUACCUUCGGAUGUCGUUAAUGCGCGGUUCACUUUUGAAACCCUUACGGCGUCCACUGCUCACCGGCUUCAUUUCCCUGCCUAUGAUAAGUUCUUGAAAGAAAUUGACAAGUGUGUUAGGUACCUGCAGAAACAAUCAACACCAACUGGCUGUCAACUCGCGGAAGAUGAGUUCAUCUUGCACGUAGAAGGGACUGCCAGAACACAAAGAGUUGUGCGCCAUAUCGGAGCAUCCAGUUGGCCAGGUAGACUCUCUCUAACCAAUAAGGCAUUGUACUUCGAGGCGUCGGGAGUAAUAUCCUAUGAACCUGCUUUAAAAGUUGACCUAUCAAAAGCUGGAGUGGAUCAUCAAGUCAAAGCAGCUUCAACGGGACCUUGGGGUGCUCCUUUAUUUGAUAAAGCUAUAGUAUACGAGUCCUCUCAGCUGUAAGAAAACCUUGUCUUAGAGUUCCCUGAGAUGACUAGCUCAACAAGGCGUGAUCAUUGGCUUACUUUAGUAAAGGAAGUAACCUUACUACACCACUUCGUAUCUAAAUUCAACAUAGAAUCGGCGGUGCAAGCAUGGGAAGUGAACUCAAGGACCACCUUGGGAGUCUUAAGACUCCACGCAGCGAGGGAGAUGCUAAGGAUCUCGCCGCCAGCCCCCACCAAUUUCUUGAUAUUCACCCUCUAUGAGGACCAGCCUAAGGGGGAUUAUGUGUUGGAACAAUUAGCUAAUAGUGUGAAGCUAACGACAAAGAUAACUCCUUGUAGUGCAACCUCUAUAUUGAAGAGUUUAAACAUGUCUCAUCCUAUAGCCGCUAGUAUCGAGAUGAAAGAAGGGUUUGAAGAACAAGCAAGAAGCCAUGCGGACUCUUUGGCUGCCCUAGAGAUGACUAUUGAUCAGGUAAGAGAGGAGGCAAUGGAGGUGAGAGCUGCUAAAGCAACCGUUGAGGAGAUGAGAGAGGAAGGGAUCAGUGAUAGCCUUCUUGUUCUAAUGGGUCUACUUAGCCCGCUUAAGAACAUGCUAAACUGGAUCCAAAGUACAAUUUCUUGGGAGAGGCCACCGAUCACAAUUAUUAUUCUUGCAAUGACUUUGGUCAUCAUAUACAAAGAAUGGGUCGGUUAUGCACUAGCAGCAUUCUUGAUGGCGGCAGAUGGAGUGAUGCUUUGGGCCAGAUGGAAAAGAAUUGGAGAGAGAUGCGGAGAGAUGGUCGUUGAUACUUCGACGGAUAAAACAACAAUGGAAAGUAUAGUUGAAGCUCAGCAUGGCCUGAAAAAUUUGCAAGAAUUAGUUAAGAAAGCAAACAUCACAAUUCUGAAGCUCUGGUCAGUAAUGGUCUCAAGGGCCCCGAAGCACACCAAUGCGGCAAUGUUGGCGAUGGCAGGAUUUGCGAUUCUACUAGGAGCAGUCCCAUUCAAGUACAUCUUAAUGGGAUUAACCUUGUAUUGCUUUGUUGCAAAUUCUAUGGUGGUGAAGUCCAAGCCCAGUUCGCAAGGGAACAGGAGGUUGAGGGAGUGGUGGGAGUCGAUACCUAUCAUUCCGGUUCGAACAGUCGCCAACCCUGUAGCUAGUACACAGUGUGAUGUAAAAACAGAUUGAUAUGGUUUGGGUUCACUUUUGUAGAAUGGAAACAACCACGGGCUGGUGGUGCCCAGAUUCGUGAUGUUUGUGCAUACACAGCAGUGAGGAUCUUAUGGAUCCGAAAGUGCGUACAACUUUUGGCUGGGCCUCUUGGAGCUUUGUCUGCAGUUAUUUGAUCA